GCAGGCAGAAGAAGAAACGGGAUCUGCUUAGUCAUACAACUGAUUGACUAUGAAUUGUAAAGAUCACUGUGUGAAACUAAACGAUGGUCAUUUCAUCCCCUCAUUGGGAUUUGGGACCUACACACCUGAAGAAGUUCCCAAGAGUAAGGCCGUGGAGGCUACCAAGUUAGCUAUAGAUGCCGGCUUCCGCCAUAUUGACACUGCUUAUGCAUACCAAGUGGAAGAGGAGGUAGGGCAGGCCAUCCGAAGCAAGAUUGAAGAGGGCAUUGUGAAGAGAGAAGAUAUAUUCAUCACCUCAAAGCUUUGGUGUACUUUCUUUCGUCCAGAUCGGGUCCGAGCUUGCUUGGAAAGAUCACUGGCAAGCCUUAAAGUGGGCUAUGUUGACCUCUAUCUCAUGCAUUAUCCAGUGGCUAUGAAGUAUGGGGAUGACCUUUUCCCAACCGAUGAACAUGGGAAGUCAGCAUUGGACACAGUGGAUUUCUGCGCCACAUGGGAGGCCAUGGAGAAGUGUAAAGAGGCAGGGCUGGCCAAGUCCAUUGGGGUGUCCAACUUCAACCACAGACAGCUAGAGCGGAUCCUGAACAAGCCGGGACUCAAGUACAAGCCGGUCUGCAAUCAGGUAGAAUGUCAUCCCUACCUCAACCAGAGUAAGCUGCUGGAUUUCUGCAAAUCGAAGGAUAUUGUUCUGGUUGCCUAUGGUGCCCUGGGAACUCAAAGAUACAAACGAUGGGUGGACCAGAGCUCCCCAGUACUCUUGAAUGAUCCAGUUCUUGGUGCCUUGGCAAAAAAGUACAAUCAAAGUCCAGCCCUGAUUGCUCUUUGCUACCAGCUGCAACGUGGGGUUGUGGUUCUGGCCCAGAGUUUCAUAGAACGGGAGAUGAAAGAGAACGUGCAGGUUUUUGGAUUCCAAUUAUCUUUAGAGGACAUGAAAAUGAUAGAUGGCCUGAAUAGAAAUUUAAGAUAUCUUGGUGCAGAGUUCUUUGCUGAUCACCCUGAUUACCCGUUUUCUGAUGAAUACUGAAAUGGAGGCCUGUGUGGUG